CGUUGGAACUCAACUUGAUAUGAUUGUUGAGGCUGUGAAGUACAGGAGCGUGCUGAAGAGGUAUGCUGCAUCAAAUCAAGAACCUUUUCCAUCAAAUGAUGACUGGAUAAAAGUUGAGGCUAUAGGUGAUUUUCUUGAGGCUUUCGAAGAAGCUACAAGGGCGUUCUCAGCUGAUAGAUAUCCUACAGCACACACUUUUUUGGAUAAUGUUCUUUGCAUUCAUGAAGCUUUAAAAAUUUCAAAAAUGCAAGCUAAUGAAGCCAUACAAAAUUUGGGUAGAGCAAUGGAAAGCAAAUUCAGCAAGUAUUGGGAUGGGAAAUAUAAUAUGACCCUUGUUAUUGCAACGGUACUUGAUCCAAGAAAGAAGAUGGACUUCUUGGAAUUCUUUUAUCAGAGGGUGUGCAACUACUUUGUUGAUAUUGAGACAAGCAUGACUUCAGCUAGAGAAUGGAUGACUAAGUAUUUUAGGAAAUAUGAAGAGAUUGUUAGGACAAAUGGUGUAGAUCUAGUGUAUACUACUGUAUCUAGAGGCAUUAUGGGAUCGCCUGUGCUAGCUAAAAGAAGAAUGCACCAAGAGUUUGCCCACUUUAGAAAUCAAAAGAGAGCUAGCAAUACUCAAAAAUCGGAACUUGAUACAUAUCUGGAAGAUGAACAUGUGAGAGAUGAUGAAAACUUUGAGAUCUUGAGUUGGUGGAAGACAAAUAAAGACAAGUAUCCUGUCCUAUCAACCAUGGCACGAGACUUCCUUGCAAUUCCAUUGAGCACUGUGUCUUCCGAGUCCGCAUUUAGUUUGAGUGGCCGGAUUCUUAGUGAUAAUCGGAGUUCAAUGACACCUGAAACCCUUGAAGCCCUUGUUUGUGUUAAGGAUUGGUUGUAUAAGCUCCCAGGCAAUGAAGACUGCUCUCAGAUUGUGGUUGACUAGCACAGAAUCGCUGAAGAGGCGUACAAGGGCCAUGGCCGCAGGAACGUUGAGUAGAGUGUCUAGUCUCGUUGGAGGAGCACUACAAGACUAGAUGAAUUUUGAUAAUCUAUUAAGUUAAUUCUAUAAUCUGUGGUUUAAUAUGGCUCAUCAUGUCAUGUUACUCUAUGGAAACUCUGAAUAUGAGCAUCACAUCUACUUUGGGGACGUUGGAAAUUCGUGCAUGUUGUUUGCCUGCUAUUAUUAGCUGAAGUUCUGCUAGAGACAAAUCAGUGCUGUACUGGUCUCCUUGUUAGUUAAAAGUAAUUUUUAUUAUUAAGUCAAUAUUUUUCUUGUUGCCUUGUUCUAGAAUAAUAUUGGAUAAUUAUUAGUUGGACUCAUUCCUGCAGCAA